AUGCGGAUGUCACGUGGCGCGCACGCGUUGCUACUUGGGCGCAUCGCAACAACCACUACUCCCACAAAGGUACAGGGGGCAUCGCCGAUGCAGAUUGGACUGGCCCGACCGGCAACUGCAGUCGCAUGGUUCGCUCCACGGACGAGGAUACGCUCGUUGGUAAAUCCUGGUUUUCUUGCAGAAAAAUUUGCGGGCCAUCGCACUGUUAGCCAUCUCCGACUCCUCGCCACGAUGUCCAAGAAGCUCAAGAUGACCCCGUUCAAGCAAAUCUGUACGCACUCGGGCUCGUUCCACGCUGACGAGGCGCUCGCAGUGUACAUGCUGCGCCUACUGCCUGAGGGUAAAGACGCCAAGCUCGUGCGGUCGCGCGACCCGGCCAAGUGGGAGGAGUCCUGUAUCGUGGUGGACGUCAGUGGCAAGUACGACGGCGUCAAGUACUUCGACCACCACCAGCGCGAGUUCUUCGAGACGUUCAGCGACCAGUACAAAACCAAGCUCUCGAGCGCCGGCCUGGUGUACAAGCACUUUGGACGGCAGAUCGUGCGCGCGCUGUGCCCUGAGAUCAGCGACGAGGACACCGAGCUGCUCUACGAGAAGGUGUACCGCGACUUCGUCGAGGCCCUGGAUGCCAACGACAACGGCAUCAGCAACUUUGACGCCGAGGAGCUCGGCGUGCGCCCGCGCUUCCACGACAAGAACAUCUCCAUCCCGGGCAUCGUCGCCAAGAUGAACCCCGACUGGAACGAAGAGACCAGCGACGCCCGCUUCGACGAGUGCUUCCUUACCGCCUCGGCCUUUGUCGGCGACUGCUUCGCGCGCGUCGUGCGCGGCUAUGGCCGCGCGUGGCUACCCGCCAAGGACAUUGUCCGCGCCGGCGUGCGCGACCGCGCCGCCGUCGACCCCAGCGGCCGCAUCGUCGUCCUCGAGCGCUUCUGUCCCUGGAAAGAGCACCUCUACGACGUCGAGCGUGAGCUCGGCCUCGUCGGCGAGGUCCUCUUCGUGCUGUUCGCCGACUCCUCUGGUUCCUGGCGCGUCUCCACCGUCCCGCAGUCGGCUACCUCCUUCCGCUUCCGCCACGGUCUGCCAGAGCCUUGGCGCGGCCUGCGUGACGAUGCCCUCUCCGAGGCGACCGGCGUCCCCGGCUGCAUCUUCGUCCACGCCGCGGGCUUCAUCGGCGGCGCGCGCACCCGCGACGCUGCCCUUGCGCUCGCCCGGCUGAGCCUCCCCGCCUAG